AUGGCUGUGCAUGGUCAAAGUGGUUUACGGUGGUCAUUGUAUCCUUUACUUGCCACAAUGGGACUUUGUGAAUUUUUCCUCGGGAUAAAUCAUAUAAUUUUCUGCUUGCCACUUUACCCAUUUUUAAUACCAAUAACCGCUGCUAUUUUCGCAUUAAUCACAGCUUUACACGCUCUUUUUCUUCGAUAUCCAAACAGAACGGACUUUGUGCUUCAAUGUAUUAGCAUAGUUUUUGGAAUAUUUUUGCUAAUAAUAUCAACAGCUGAAUCAUUUUGUGGAGUAGAAAGUAGUCUCAAUGAUUAUGAAGGUAAAAACUACUGUAAAAAGAUUUCAAUGUCACAAGCAUUGUGCUAUGGAUUAAAUUACCGCGUACAAGGCUAUCAAAAAUCUUGCAGUGAUUUACUGAGGCGAUUCCAUCACUCAUUAAUAUCUAAGUUAGGCCUGACCUCGCAUUUAACUUCGAUUGACCUUGUUAUAUCAUUCUCGCUCAGUGGUCUUGCUCUAGCACACACUGCAACCUGUUCUACUCUUGCUUAUUACAGUGCUAAAGAGAAUGGAUAUCAAAUCCGUUCUUACCACGGUCAGCUAGUGGUGAGCCUAACAAUGAUACCUGCUGCUUUGCUCCAUCGCAUGUACUGUUGUACAUACUUUAACUUAUGGCCAGCACUAUUAGUAACUUUUUAUUCUAUUUUUCAAUCUGUUAUCACGUGGAAGCAUCGUUAUCAAGGGAAAUUUAUUCGACUGGUAAAUAUAAUAGGUUCAGGUGCUGCAAUGGCACUAAUCGCGGUGGUUUCUUUUGGCUUCUUUUGCACUUUUACAAGAUCAUCGAUGGAUUAUUUUCCAUUCCAACGUCACUGUUAUUGGCCAUCAAAUGAGUAUCAUUACUGUCAACGCGUAAUUGAUUUUCGGAAUCCAUACCCUCAGUGGGAACGUGAAUACGUAAUCGCUGAAGUAAGCGCAAUCCAGAUUCUUAUUAAUCUUUGGCUGUGCCUUUCAGCGCUUAUCUUAUUCACGUUUUCAAUCAAGUCAGCUUUUACUACAAAUUAUACGCCUGGUACUAUAUUACCCUAA